UUUGCCGCUGGUUGUGGUUGUGAGGUGGAAGACACGGAGAAGGAGACUGCAUGCCUUCUACGACUCUUUGGCGCGGCAGCGGCAUUCGUGGCGCUGGCGUCUGUAGAGGUGGAUGCCGCGGGUGCUUCCUUUGAAGUACGAUCGAGAGAUUUCUCCAUCUUGUGA